AUGAGCUCCCCAGAAGGGCCCAGCUUCCCAUCCGGGCUGCUCUCCGGGGGCACCUCCCCCAGCAGCAAUGAGGGCUUCUUCCCCUUCGUGCUGGAGCGGCGGGACUCAUUCCUGGGAGGGGGCCCAAGGCCUGAGGAGCCCGAGGACCUGGCCCUGCAGCUGCAGCAGAAGGAGAAAGACCUGUUGUUGGCCGCAGAGCUUGGCAAGAUGCUUCUGGAGCGCAAUGAGGAGCUGCAGCAGCGGCUGGAGAUGCUGAGCGCCCAGCACUCUGAGCAUGAGGAACGGCUGCAGCAGGAGAACCAUGAGCUCCGCCGAGGCCUGGCAGCCCGGGGAGCCGAGUGGGAGGCCAGGACUGUGGAGCUGGAGGGGGACGUGGAGGCCCUUCGGGCCCAGCUGGGGGAGCAGCGUUCUGAGCAGCAGGACAGCGGACGGGAGCGGGCACGCGCCCUCAGUGAACUCAGUGAACAGAACCUCCGGCUCAGCCAGCAGCUGGCCCAGGCCUCCCAGACUGAGCAGGAGCUUCAGAGAGAAUUGGAUAGACUUCGGGGGCAGUGCCAGGCUCAAGCCUUGGCUGGGGCAGAGUUGAGGACACGGCUGGAGUGUCUGCAGGGGGAGAAUCAGAUGCUCCAGAGUCGCCGACAGGACCUGGAGGCCCAGAUUCGAGGUCUGUGUGAGGAGGUGGAGAAGGGCCAAGGCAGGCUACAGGCAACCCAUGAGGAGCUGCUGCUGCUACGGCGGGAGAGGCAGGAGCACAGUCUGGAGCUGGAACUCGCGCGCUCCGAGGCGGGGGAGGCACUGAGUGCGCUGCGGAGGCUGCAGCGGCGGGUCUCGGAGCUGGAGGAGGAGUCGCGCCUCCAGGACGCCAACAUCUCAGGAGCCUCGCUGCAGUUAGAGCUUGCCCAUAGCCUCGACAGCGACAAGGACCAAGACCAGAACGCGGACAGAGGCGGAGAUGCUCUGGCCACUCUGUCCCCGGAGACCCAAGAGGCAUCCAGCCACCAGCCUUCGCCCCAGGAGGAGAGGUUGGAGCCUCCCAGGAAGCGAGCAUCCCUGAGCCCAGCGGAGAUACUGGAAGAGAAGGCGGCGGAAGUGGUCCGGUUGCAGGAUGAGGUGGCGCUGCAGCGGGAAGAGCUACAGUCCCUGCGGGAGGAGCUGCAAAGGCAGAAGGAACUGCGGGCGCAGGAGGAUCCCGAGGAGGUCUUAAGCGGCGCCCUCUCGGAUCGGGACGAGGCCGUGAACAAGUCGCUGGAACUGGCCCUAGAGCUCGGCCGCGUUUCUCUGGAGCGCGACUCCCUCUCCCGGGAGCUGCUUCGCACCAUACGCCAGAAGGUGGCGCUGACGCAAGAGCUGGAGGCCUGGCAGGACGACAUGCAGGUGGUCAUCGGACAGCAGCUGCGAUCACAACGCCAGAAAGAGCUGAGUGCGGCUGGAUCCGCCCCGAGCCGCGCCCAGCCACGCCUCGGCCCUGGGCCCGCCGGCGGCUUCUUCAGCAACCUCUUCCGAAGGACCUGA